UAGAACCCAAUCAUCCACCACUCUCUAUAAAUCCCAAUUCAAACCCUCCCUCUCUCUUUGAAAAAAUUGAAUUAUAUCGUAUCGUUAUGGCUUUGAAAGAGAGAUUGGCUUCAUCUUCUGAAACGACGUCGUCACAAGAUGAACAAAAAAGAUACGUUACGUGGGAAGAGAAAUUUGUGUCGAUGGAUAAAGGUAGAAGAGAGGUUCGUUAUUUUCUGAAGAAGAAAAAUGGUGAAUUGGAUCUUGCUCUUAUUGGUAAAGAGAAGAGUUCUAGGCAUAUGAGUUAUCAUUAUGCGAUUAGAAACUCUUCUUUUGCUCCUUUUUUUAGACUUAAAUCUCGUAGAGAAGUUGUUAAUUGGUUAGAUUCUAUUGUUCAAGAUUCUUCUUCCAGGGAUGCGAAUAUGGCUGUCAGAGAACAUGGUUAUGAACCUGAGAUUGGAGCAUUGAAGGAUAAUCAACUGCUAUCUCUGAACCCUUGUUCAAAAGAAUUCACAUGGUUAGGGUUACCUUGGACAUGUAGGAAAAGAAGAAACCACUAUCAGGCAUUUCGGAAGGACGGCUUUCAGAUAUCUGUGUAUGAUUUUGUGUUUGUUUUAGCAGAGGAGAACAAACGUCUGGUUGCCUACUUGGAAGACAUGUACGAGGGUUCCAAAGGCAACAAGAUGGUUGUAGUUCGCUGGUUUCACAGAAUUGACGAGGUUGGUUUUGUUUUGCCCCACAGUUUUAGUGAAAGAGAGGUUUACUUUUCUCCUUAUCUACAACGUCUGAGUAUUGAAUGCAUAGAUGGUUUGACUUCCGUCCUCAGUCCACAGCACUACGCCAAGUUUCGGAACAAAGCUCGACACGCUCGUCCAGAACCAUAUGUGUGCAGCAAGAAGUUUGGUAAGGAUGAUGUCAAGGAUUUUGAUAUAACUCAAAUGGAGGGUUAUUGGAAACAGGAAAUACUGAAGCAAAUGUAUCCCCACGUGGAGUCAAACUCCAGUGGUAGUUCAGGGAAAUCUGAUGAUGGACCAGAACUGGAAGAAAACCUCCAUUCUUCUUCUGCGAUAAGACCAAAGAAGAAGCAGCGGUGUACAAAGGUUGAUGGAAAAGAUGCUGUUGAGUUAGGUUCUCUUCAAUUAGAAAAAUUGAGUAAUUGUAAGAUUGAUGCCAAAACCAGUAGCGGUAACAAGUUGGAGGGUUCUGUAAAACUGGUUGGAACCACCAAGUUGGCCACAAUCAAAGAGACAAAUGAAGCUUCACAGUAUUUAGCUGUAGGUUCCAAUGUUGAGGUCCUCUCUCAAGACAGUGGGAUUAGAGGUUGUUGGUUUAGAGCUUCUGUUAUCAAGAGGCACAAAGACAAAGUGAAGGUGCAAUAUCAUGACAUCCAGGAUGCAGAGGAUGAAGCUAACAACCUUGAGGAAUGGAUUUUAGCUUCUAGACCUGUGGUACCUGAUGAUCUGGGUCUCCGAGUAGAAGAGAGGACCAAGAUCCGACCACUAUUAGAGAAACGUGGAAUAUCUUUCGUGGGUGAUGUUGGUUACAUUGUUGAUGCCUGGUGGCAUGAUGGAUGGUGGGAAGGCAUUGUUGUUCAAAAAGAAUCUGAUGAUAAAUAUCAUGUUUAUUUCCCAGGGGAAAAGAAGAUGUCAAUAUUUGGACCAUGUAACUUGAGGCAUUCUCGAGAUUGGACAGGGAAUGGAUGGGUAAAGGUGAGGGAAAGGCCUGAUAUUGUGACCUGUAAAUUAUCAAGCUUAAAAGCAAAACAAAGUUCCUGCAAAUCUGAGGAGGACAGCAAAUCAACUGUAGCAUCUAUCGGAGAUGGAAUACAAUCUAAGCAGGCUGAUGCUUACUCGGGUUCUUCUGAAAGGGAUAAACUUAGAAAGAAUGAGGAAGUUCCAGAUCUUGUGAAGGAUGUUUUAUCAUUACAGUUAAGGUGGAAGUCAUCAAGGAAGAGGAAUCGAAGUGGCACUUCUCAGCAGAAGCAACAGAGCAAUGACAUACAUAGGAAACUGUCGCCGAAGUUUCUGCAGUCUGAUGCUACUGAUAGUUUUGUGGUUCCAGCUUCAUUGAAGGUUGAUCAUGAUGACUAUAAAUACCAGGGAGAUCCUUCCAUUUUCGGUUCCUCAGUCGUGCCGUCUUUAACCAACAUGGUUAUGUGUAGGUGACUCCAUGUUGUUUUUUUUUUAGAAUGGUGUCUACAUUUUAGGUUAUUUUCUUCAUCCUCCCACUUAGCAGAAACACAUAUUUAGUUUUAACACUUGAACUUUAGUGCAUCCAUUCGAUGCCUUCUUUCUCAUGGUUUCUUCAACUGUGUUCUUCCUAACUUAGGUGCUAGCCUUUUGUUUCCCUUCUAGUUAUCUUGUUUUAGCAUAUUUCGUGGCAUCGGAGCCUCAAUUUAUUUGAAGCCCAAGGAAGCAAGGAUGAUGCCUGCAUAAGUUUUGGCAGGACAGUUUAACCUAGUGGAAUAACCAACAUUGGCUUUGACUUUAGGGAUGGUUUUUACCAUUGUUUGCUAGCCCAUGCAAUGUGUAACAUUGGCCAAUGAUAAUAGAAGUUUUACCUUUCUUGUGCCUUGUUUUCUUAAUUUCAAUUGAUGAAUGUCUUUUAUUCUCUCUGCCA